GGACAAGUUGCCGUGUAAACAUUGUGAUUCAAUAAAUCGCUUUAUCCUCGAAUGUUUGUGCUUCAAAUAGAGUGUUUGAGAUUGGUUUUAUGGCAUUAGAUAUACUAACUUUGUGUCGAUUUUGAUGGAUACUAAAUAUGAAACCUCCCAUCUGCUCCUAAAGGCGACCUGAUAACUUCAAGCAGCAAGAGCGACAACUGCUGUCUGAACAGGGGAAUCUGUAUCAUGAACUCGUUCUGCCACUGUCCGAAACCUUAUUACGGGCGCAACUGCGAGAAGGAAGUACGUCAUAGGUCAUGUGGUACAAUACCUCACGGCACGUGGAUGGCGUCUGGCUGUCACCUGUGUCACUGUUUCGAUGGCAACAUGAGGUGCAAGGCCACCACGAUUCCCGGAUGUUACGAUAUGCAAUACGUUGAAGGCCAUGAAAAUGACCCGGAUUAUCUCGUCGGAAUCGACAUGUACGGGGCGAAAGAUGACGACUUCUAUGACACUAAUGCCGAUAACACGUCGGAUGACGCCACAUCCGGGGCAAGUGGAGUUACGUUCUGUGUACACAUUUUCUCGUUAAUGGGGAUAACACUUGUGACUGUUAUUAAGGAAUCUUGAGAAAAUGCUUGAUUCGCAAUCAUCGGUUAUAAAUUACACCAGUUGACGUCACACAACAUGUGACCUCAAGAUGGACGUCACGCUUCAUCUGACGUCAGUAGAUCAAAGCGCCGAUGGCAAAGUGAAGAAUCGAGUUUUGAUUGGAAGAUAUAUGACUAACUUAGUUUAGCAGUCGUAUUUAGAUCACAGUCGUUGAGUCAUACGAAAAUGGCCUUAUAACAUAUGCUGCAAGCAUAGCUUCAGACCAACCUGUGCAUAUGGACAGACUGCGCAGGAUUUUCCUGUCCACUGUAAAGUCACGCAAGGUUUCGUGGUAUCAUUAGUUGACAGAGAUGCUCCUAGCCAGGCUGUGCAUAUGUGUGUGCGAUUAUUCGCUGAUAAUAUUUAUUGAACUAAACAUAUUCGAAUAUUAGCUAUAACCAGUGGUGAAAUCGGCAAACAUAAGAAGGGUUAAGAGGUAAAUGGAGAUAAAGAUUCAGUCGUUUAACCCGCAUGUUCAUCGGACAUCGA